GCGAGGCAACCCGUGGAGUUGGACAAAUGCGAGGGUGUUUAUUUCCGCUAUUGCCGUUUGCCUGUGAAUCAAGACAGUGAUAGCGUUCGUCACUCUUUGUUAACAUAUAACAAUCUCAUAUACCAUCCUGGGUUAUUAUAUUUCGGUAGCUACAUGUCGCGACAGUGAGUAACGAGUGGGGGGACCCCGAAACAGGUCGUUGUGUUGGUUCAGUCCCAGAGGACUCCCUCCCUGCAGCUGCAGUAAAAGAUGUGCGAUGGAAUGGUAGCGGUUGAAACGAGAGCCUUCGUCCCCUCCUCCUCCUCCUCCUCCUCCAGACUGCUGCUCUCUCUGUUCUUCUUCCUGGUCAUUGUCUCCCCGGGACAGGCGUCAGGAUGUGCGAGGCCCCCCAGCGUGCUGCACAGCUGGGUGAACCUGACGGAGACCAACCGGGGCUCCUUCCCUCUGGGCACGCUGCUGCAGUACAGCUGUGACUUGGGGUACAUGCUGGACGGGCCCAGCACCAUCUCCUGCACUGCAUCAGGCCGCUGGUCUACUGACCCUCCUCACUGCAUACGCACCAAUGUCUGUCGGCUGCCCUUUGAGCCUGAGAACGGAGGAUACAUCUGCCACCCAUCCCCCUGCCACCGGCUCACCCAGGGCACCGUAAUCGAGUACUUCUGCAAUGAGGGCUACACGCUCAAGGGGGACUACAAAUACCUUACCUGUGAGAAUGGGGAGUGGGACUCCCCCAUGCAGAUCAGUUGCAGCCUGGACACUGAUCGAGGAUGUUCGAGGCCCCCCAGCGUGCUGCACAGCUGGGUGAACCUGACGGAGACCAACCGGGGCUCCUUCCCUCUGGGCACGCUGCUGCAGUACAGCUGUGACUCGGGGUACAUGCUGGACGGGCCCAGCACCAUCUCCUGCACUGCAUCAGGCCGCUGGUCUACUGACCCUCCUCACUGCAUACGCACCAACGUCUGUCGGCCGCCUUUUGAGCCCGAGAACGGGGGCUAUAUCUGCCACCCGUCCCCCUGUCACCGGCUCACCCAGGGCACUGUAAUCGAGUACUUCUGCGACGAGGGCUACGCGCUCAAGGGGGACUACAAAUACCUCACCUGUGAGAAUGGGGAGUGGGACUCCCCCAUGCAGAUCAGCUGCCACCCUGUUCAAGAGCGAGACCUGCCCUCACCUUUGGGAAUGCCCACACUCCCCAUUGUGGCCGCCACUGUCAGCUCAGUGGCCCUCAUCCUCCUCCUCAUAGUCCUCUUUGUGCUGCUGCAGCCCAAACUCAAGUCCUUCCAGACCAGCAGACGGGAGCAGGGCGUGGCCGGCCAGCCCGUGUCCAUUGUGGUGGAGGGAGUCCAGGUGUCUCUGCCCUCCUACGAGGAGGCGGUGUACGGCAGCGCACCCGCCCCUCCCUCUGAGUCCCGUGUGCAGAUUGUGCUGUCUGAGGAGGCGCAGGGGGCCCCGCAGGGCCGGGGGCGAGAAGAGGGGGCCCAGGCCGAGAGCAGCCUCCCCUCCACCUCCUCCCAUCAGUCCGAGAUGGUGCUGGUUCACCAGGUUCCCACCUCUUCCUCCUGCUCCUCCUCCUCAUCCUCGUCCUGGGCCCCUGAGCAGGCCGGAGCCUCGGGCCCCCGGCACCAAAGGCAGGAUUCGUGCAGCAGCGACGAGCAAUGCCUCCUGUCCCUGGCCUCUGUGGAGGACCUGGCUGACGAUAUCCCCCUGUUAAAGGAGGCCUGAGGUCUUCUGCAGCGCCAUCGACCAGGAUCCCUGCUGCUGCCUUCUCCAUCUUUGUUCCAAAUUAUCGGAAGCAAAGCCUUUCUCUUAGCCCUCUAAUCGAAGCAGCCGCAAAUACAGAUAUACUUCAGUCUUAACCGUCUCCUCCCCACCCCCCCCUCCCAUGUGCGGGCAGUCAUUCACAGGCCGUCCGCACCAUCGGAGUGCUUGCUAAAGUACCGGAUGUCGAGCGGCUUCACAUCAAAUGUGCGUAUGUGAAGGCGCACACUUAGAAAUUUUCUACAUUUUUCCUCAAGUGCGUCUCACGUCCCACUUUCAACCUGCAUCGUGAAUGGGGCAGAAGAGCUCUUUAGAAAGGUUAGUCUCGCGGAGGUCCAUCUAAUAAACCCCUCGGUUUUCCGGAUGGUAGUUUGGCGACAAGUCUGACAUUUUCCGGCGGUUUUUCCUUUAGAGCGGACACCGUUUCACCAUCCGUAAAGCAGUCAUUUGAUUGAUAAUGACUGGCUUUCUCCCCCCUGCGGAGACAUCCGGCCUGCUCUUUGCUGCAUGUUCUGUGUAUUUUCACAGUGGAGCGCUCUGAACCUGCACAGCGGUGCGCCAUCAGUGAUGCAUGAAGGCUUGCGACCCUCCAUGUCUGUCGGAAGCACCCGUCACACAAACGCACCGUGGCGGUGGGGACUUCAGCGACAAAUACGGGAGGUGUUCCUGUGGCGCUUCACUGGCCUUUCCCUAGGUUAGCGAUUGUAUCGUGCUGCCCAUUGGUCUGGUUGUUUUGGUGAAUAUAGUCUCCUCGUCUGUGUGUUCGUUAAUGGUGGCGCCCGAUGUCUUUUCUGCAACAGAGAGCGGCGUACGCGGGACAGACUUUCACGUGCCCGAAAACGGCAGAGAGCAAAGCCGUUUGGUUUGUUUAGCUUGAACUGGUUGAACUGUGCGUUUCCUCCCCAUUUGUUUCCUACGUCACGCUGUCUUUUUUAAAUCGGUGAUGCUUGUCUGUAUGUCAGGCUGCUGUCUGUCUGUCUGUCCCGAGCCAGAGAGAAGGGCAGUGCCUUAAGAGAGGCUGAGGGGCCCCUGCACCCCCUCAUCUACAAAAGAAAUGAACAAAAAAUAAACUGUGGCCCAAGUAAGGGGACUUGGUGGUGGUGGUGUUAGUUCAUCCGCUUAAACGGCUUGCCUUACGAGCCUUUUCACGAAGCAUGUCUAAGAAUGUUCCUCCACUUAAUUGCCAGUUUAAUUAUUUGAAAACUUAAUUGUGAGAUUGAUGUGCAUUUGUUCUUAAGGUAAAAAUGUAAUUUGUCCUUGUUAAAAAAUUGAAUGUGGCUGAUUGUCACUGCGUUGUCCUCAGAACAGGGCUGUUUCUACAGCCGCUAAUGGAUACAAAGGUUGGGUGCAAAAAAAGAGAAGAUUAUCGGGUUUUGCUUUCCAUUUGCUGCACUUGUCGGAGGCAGAUAUCUGAAAGAAUGCACAUGCCUAAAGUAAUCCUAUGCUACCCCCCCCCCCCCCCCCCCCCCCCCACCGCCCACAGAGUAAUCUGUCAUUUCGCUCUUUGAAACAUUUGGUUUUCUGAAAAACUACUUUCAGCUCCUUGGUUUGAAAUGAGCCAAGAAGGCAAGGAUGGGCAAGAUAUUUAUUUGACCACAUGCUGGUGCAUGGGUACGCUGCCUGACGCGUGUAUGCUCAGACAGGGCAAAGCAAAGGGUGGUUUAGCCAGUUGGUUCCAUUGCCCAUUAGUCAUUAAUCCUUUUUUGAGGCAGGCUUAUGAUAUUGCCUUAAGAUUCGCUUUUGCUUUCUUUAUUUUUUACGACAGUUUUAUGUGCCCAAAUGCAUUUGUGAUGUCUGGGUUGUCUUGCAGAGGAUGAGAAGAGGAUUUGAUUCCACUGUCUCAGCAUCGCCUUACAUUUCUAUGCACAAGCGGGAUAAAUAUUUUUCUUUUCAGUUUACUUUAUUACAUUGUUUUUUUUAUGUGACGUAGGGUAACCAGUCUCUUCAGAGAUAUUACCUAAUCACAGAUACUCUUUUUUUGUUCUUGUGUUUUAAAAUAAUUUAAUGUUAAUUUACAGGAAAAACACAGAAAGGAACUCUGUUUAUUAUUCUGCUGUUGUGUUUACUGUUCUUGCAUCCAGAAUGCUGUUGUACAGCAGUGCUUCCCGCAGUUCUUUUAAUAGGAGAAAACAGGGCUUUUUAAACCGCUUUCUUUAAAUUCUGUUCGCCUUUGUGUGUCCAACAUGGUACUUUUAAACUGCUAAAAUGGAUUGAAUGACAAAAUUGGAACCAAAAGAAAUCAUGCAAGUCUGUAAAGAAUGUUUAUCGUUUAUUUUUUUCAGUUGUUUUGUUGUCCUUUGGAAAUCUGUACAUUGCAAUGGGUGUGAAGAUAGUAUUUUAAUAUUUGUAUAAAGUUUAAUUUAAUUGUACACUGUAUAUAACUAUUUCUAAUUAAAGGUUUCUUUGGAAGUGUGCAAA